AUGCAACUGCACCCAGACAGAUAUAAAACCUGUGUUCAUUCAUAUUGUAAAAUCUUUGAGAGAACAUCUUGGCAUAGUGUAACAGGCAUGUUGCUAAUUCUGAGUUCUCUUUUUAUUACAUUUGUUGAUGUUCUUAUUAUUCUUGAGGACUAUGCAGAUAGUCCUUAUUUUUUCAGUUCAUAUGAUAACAAGGCUUUGAUAUACUUCAAAAUUUCUUUUUCUCAGAUUCUUGGUGCUGACAGAGUAUGCUAUGGCUUUGAACAUUCUGAAGUGGAUCCUGAACUAAAAGUCAUGACAAUGCGGACCAGAAAUCUUACUUUUUCUAACACCGUCAGUAUGGAUGAGCGUUUAGUUUAUGUCCCAGAUCCUGCUGAUGAUGAGAAAACAAUUCUUCGUCAAGAAACUAUAAUAACUGUCAAAGGUGUACCACUAACUUCAUAUAUGGAAAAUUAUCUUCUGAACAGUAUAUCUAAAAACUCCUUCAAGGGUCGUGAUGCCAUGGAGUUUGUGAUCAGCAAGAUAAACAGAGAAGUUGAAGAGCUUAUGACAACUUACAAGCGUAGUACAACUGAAAUAUUUUCGCAGACAAGACGGUCUAUUGGGGAGAUUACUGAGUCAGCUCUCAGAUCAGUUGAUGACAUCUCCUUUGCUGCGAAAAAGUCUGUCGAUGGAUUAUCAGACGUAUACAAAAAGUCCAUUGAUGAUAUUUCUAUUGCUGCCAAGAAGGGCAUUGAUGAGAUUCACAGCUUUACUCAACCUAAUGAACCAAUGCCAAGGAUUUGAUAUAUGUUUAGGAAUAUUAGGAAUUUUUCAAUUGUAUAUAUUAAACAGCUUUUAGUUGGUACUGAAAACAAAA